AAAAAACACUGUUUGAGUCGAGCGUAGUAGUCCCUCCCAUAUAGCAUCAGCGUUAUCAUCAUCACGAUCAUAAUAAUCGUUCUCCAUGGGAUUGGAUUUCACUGCAAAAUCCAAUUAGGGUUUGCAACAGCGCGUGUUGUCGCUGGGUUCUUCUCCCUGUUCUUGUUUCGUCACAAAAUCUCGAAAUUGAAAAGAAUUCAUCACUUUCUCAGAGUCAAACCUCUCGCUCUUUGUGCUGUUGCCUCGUUCGAUUCUGGCGCUCCAUCAUGGCUGAGAACAUGGAAAUCCAUUCGCCCUCUGAUUCCCAGCCCCUUCUCCGGUCUCGGGAUCGAAUCGUUCGGAGGCUUGCCCGGUUUGGGGUUCCGCAGGAGCAGCUUGAUCAGCCUGGUUUGGUUGCUUUUGUUAAGGAGAAGAGGGAGUUGAAACCUGACCUGGUUAAUGUUAUAUUGUCUGUUAUGGAAGAAGCAGAAGCUGUGCAAGAUUCUAAGUCGGGUUUGAGGAAGAUGUUCCUAGAGAGCUUGGUAUGGUUGCAGUGGUUGAUGUUUGAGGGCGACCCCAAUGCUGCCCUCGGAGGCCUUUCCAUUAUGUCUGUUGGACAGAGGGGUGUCUGUGGGGCUGUUUGGGGACGCACUGAUAUAGCUUACAGGUGUAGGACGUGUGAACAUGACCCGACUUGUGCUAUCUGUGUUCCUUGUUUUGAGAAUGGGGAUCACAAGGGCCAUGAUUACUUUGUUAUAUACACAGGCGGAGGCUGUUGUGAUUGUGGAGAUGUGACAGCAUGGAAGCGUGACGGGUUCUGCUCGAUGCAUAAGGGUGCUGAGCAGGUAAAACCACUUCCGGAGGAGAUCGCAAACACUGUUGCUCCUGUGCUUGGUUCUCUUUUCGAUUACUGGAAAGGCAAACUCACUAUUGCAAGUGAUUCCGUUUCAAAAAGAAAGAAGGCUGCAAAUGAUCUAACUUUUUCUGUGGUUGAUAUGCUUUUAGAAUUUUGCAAGCACAGUGAGAGUUUGCUCAGUUAUGUUGCUCGGUUGCUGUUCUCUUCUACUGGUUUAUUGGGCAUCAUGGUGAGAGCUGAGAGGUUCUUAAGCAAUGAUGUUGUAAAGAAACUCCAUGAGCUACUCCUGAAAUUGUUGGGAGAACCGACUUUUAAAUACGAGUUUGCUAAAGUUUUUCUCACUUACUAUCCGAGUAUUAUAAAUGAGGCCAUAAAAGAGUGCAGUGACCUACCUCUAAAGAGAUAUCCACUACUAUCUAUGUUCUCUGUGCAGAUACUUACAGUACCCACUCUCACCCCACAUCUUGUAAAGGAAAUCAACCUUCUAACCAUGCUGCUGGAAUGUCUUGAAAAUAUUUUUAUUUCUUGUGCUGAAGACGGACAUUUGCAGGUUUCUAGGUGGGUAAAUUUGUAUGAGACAACAAUACGUGUUAUUGAAGAUAUUCGAUUUGUUAUGAGCCACGUGGUGGUUCCCAAAUUUAUAACCAAUGAUCAGCAAGAUAUCUCAAGAACUUGGAUGAGACUUCUGUCCUAUGUGCAAGGAAUGAGCCCUCAAAAGAGGGAAACAGGCCAGCAUAUAGAAGAAGAAAAUGAGAAUGUCCAUUUGCCUUUUGUUUUAGGGAACUUUGUUGCCAAUAUUCAUGCUCUAUUGGUGGAAGGAGCAUUUUCUGAUGCUACCAAGGGAGAGAUGGAUGAUGAGCUUGUUUCGAGCUCAAAUAAUAAUGAAACAGAUAAUGAAACAGAUUAUGGAGAUGUUCGAAGACAUACAAAGGUAGGUCGGCUUUCAGAGGAAUCCUCUGCAUGCAAUGUGACCAUUAGGAAUAAUGCCCUCGCUUGCCCAAAGGUUUUUGAUACAAAAUCUGAUACCACUUCCCAUUUGUUUCUUCCACAAUCAGCCACUUGGCUGGUAUAUGAGUGUUUAAGGGCUAUUGAGAAUUGUUUUGGCGUUGAAAAUACCCCUGGGAUGCUUCCUAACAUGUUAUCCCAAAACAGCGGUAUUGACUAUAAUGACAAUUUUUCUGCAUUUAAGAGAACAAUGUCUAAUUUCAGAAGGGGUACACAUUCAUUUGGUAGGUUUGCAAGUUCAGGCAGAGAUCAUGGUAAACAAUGUUCUGAUGACUAUGCUGAUAGCCUGGAAAUUGGCAAAAGUGCUGUGAAGGAUGGCACGUUCAGAAUAAAUGAUGAAAUUGAUCCAGAAAAUACAUGCACUAGUUCCAAUUUGGAUGAUAGUGCCAUGGAAGAAGACUUUCCUGUGGUAUCAGAUGGUUUACGUUUUCUUUCAUCGCCUGAUUGGCCACUGAUAGUCUAUGAUGUUAGUUCACAGGAUAUAUCUGUGCACAUUCCAUUGCAUAGAUUGAUUUCCACGUUGUUGCAGAAGGCUCUAAGAAGAUGUUUUUGUGAAUCUGAUGUGCCUGAUGUUUCUUCUGAUAAUUCAUUAGAAAUCUACAGUGACUUCUUUGGGUAUGCUUUACGGGGAAGUCAUCCAUAUGGUUUCUCUGCCUUUGUAAUGGAGCAUCCAUUGCGGAUUAGGGUCUUUUGUGCUCAAGUCCAUGCUGGAAUGUGGCGUAAAAAUGGAGAUGCGGCUUUACUAUCUUGUGAAUGGUAUAAGUCCGUGCGCUGGUCCGAACCAGGUAUGGAGCUUGAUCUAUUUCUUCUUCAGUGUUGUGCUGCACUUGCUCCAGAAGAUCUAUAUGUCAGUAGAAUUCUAGAGCGCUUUGGACUAUCAAACUAUGUUUCCCUAAAUCUAGAACAAUCUAACGAACAUGAACCUGUUUUAGUCCAGGAAAUGCUUACUCUUAUUAUUCAGAUAGUUAAAGAACGGCGCUUUUGUGGGCUAACUACUGCUGAAAGUUUGAAAAGAGAACUAAUUUAUAAGUUAUCCAUUGGAGAUGCGACUCAUAGCCAAUUGUUGAAGUCUCUUCCUCGGGAUCUCUCCAAGUUUGAGCAGCUUCAAGGCAUCUUGGAUACAGUUGCUAUUUAUUCUAAUCCAUCUGGCUUUAAUCAGGGUAUGUAUUCUCUGCGAUGGCCAUAUUGGAAAGAGUUGGACUUGUAUCACUCACGAUGGAAUUCAAAGGAUUUACAAGUUGCAGAAGAAAGAUACUUACGCUUCUGCAGUGUCUCAGCACUCACUACUCAACUGCCCCGGUGGACCAAAAUUUAUCCUCCUUUGAAGGGGAUAGCCAGAAUAGCUACUUGCAAAGUUGUCCUACAGAUUAUUCGUGCAGUUCUAUUUUAUGCUGUUGUUACUUUUAAAUCUGCUGAAUCUCGUGCUCCUGAUGGUGUUCUUCUACCUGCGUUACAUUUGCUAGCAUUAUCAUUAGAUAUCUGUUUUCAGCAGAAAGAAUCUAGUGAGAAUCCGUGUCAUGAUGUUGCACAAAUUCCCAUAAUUGCCUUCGCUGGAGAAAUAAUUGAUGGGAGUUCUUUUUAUGAUGUUGGUAAUCAAAGUCUGUUGUCACUUCUUGUUUUAUUGAUGGAAAUGCACAGGAAGGAUAAUGUAGACAACAUUGUAGACGCGGGUGGUUGUAGUUUAUCUUCUCUAAUUGAAAGCAUACUAAAGAAAUUUGCGGAGAUCGAUGAUGGAUGCAUGACUGAGUUGCAAAAACUUGCUCCUGAAGUGGUCAAUCAUAUUUCUGAAUCUGUUCCAGCUAGAAACUCAAGUGCCUCAUUGUCUUCUUCUGAUAGUGAGAAACGCAAGGCCAAAGCUCGAGAGAGGCAGGCUGCAAUUAUGGAAAAGAUGAGAUCCCAGCAGACAAAAUUUUUGGCCAGCGUUGAUCCUACUGUUGAUGAUGGUUCUCAACUUGAUCAUGAAGGUGACUUAGACAGCGAACAUGAUUCUGAAGAAUCUAAGCAAGUUGUUUGCUCUCUUUGCCAUGACCCCAAUUCUAGACAUCCCAUUUCAUAUUUGAUUCUUCUACAGAAAUCUAGGCUUGUGAGUUCUGUUGACAGGGGUCCAGUAUCAUGGGCCCAACUUUGCCAAUCAGAUAAAAAACUCACGCCUAUCAUCAACACCAAAGAGACAAAUAUGUCUAUGAACAUGAAUUCAGGUGGUUCAGAAUCAACUUCAUCUUCCCACAUUACUCGGAUAGUUCAGAGUGCUGCCAGUGAAUUAUCUUCUGGGGGGCAACCUGGAGAAGUUAAUGCUUUUCUGAAAUAUGUUAAGAAUCAGUUCCCAGCGUUGGGAAACUUUCAGCUCCCAGACACAUCUUAUGAUGAAAUAGAAAAGACACCAUAUACUUUUGAGACAUUAGAACAGGGCAUGUACUUCUCCAUUCGUGAGGAAAUGCAUGAUCUUAUCUUGCCUUCUAAUUUGAUGAAUGGGGAUGAAAAUGUUCAAACUGCUGGAGGGAAUUCAGAUGCUAUAAAAAAUACUGGAUCUGUAUUGCUUGGGAAGUAUACAGCCGAUCUUGUGAGAGAGAGGUCAGAAAUUUCUUCUGCAUCUGAAAAUUCUUCUAGUGAGAAUGAUUCUGUAGAAUCAACAUCUCAGCAUCCAGCAAAUGGUGGAUUUAGCCCUAUAGAUUGCGAUGGAGUUCAUCUUUCUUCAUGUGGGCAUGCAGUACAUCAAGAGUGCCUUAGCCGAUAUUUGUCUUCAUUAAAAGAGAGAUCUGUCAGAAGAAUUGUUUUUGAAGGAGGACAUAUCGUCGACCCAGAUCAGGGAGAGUUUCUCUGCCCAGUGUGCCGCCGACUUGUAAAUUGUGUCCUCCCGACUUUACCUGGAGAAUUGCGGAAGCCUAUUAAGCAGUCUAUUGUGCUGAAUGGUUCAAUGCAUACCACAUCCCCCUUAGCUGGAUCAAGUAGCAUGACUUAUUCGCUUCGCCUUGAGCACGCCAUGAAGCUGUUACAAUCUGCUGCCAAUGCACUAGGGAAUGAUAAAUUCCUAAAAGCUAUUCCGUUGAAUCACAUUGAUAGAACUAGACCAAAUCUUGAGAAUUUCUCAUGGGUUCUUUCUAAAAUGUAUUUCCCUGGCAAACAAGAUAAGUUAUCAAGAUUUUCCCGAAGAAACCACUCAAUGCUGAUGUGGGACACUCUCAAGUACUCCUUGACAUCAAUGGAAAUUGCUGCACGUUGUGGAAAGACUUCUUUGACUCCAAAUUUUGCUCUUAGUUCCAUGUAUGAAGAACUCAAAUCUGCAAGUGGCUUUAUAUUAUCAUUGUUGCUGAAACUUGUUCAAAAGACACGAAGUAAAAAUUCUCUUCAUGUACUUCAAAGAUUUCUAGGUCUUCAAAGCUUUGCAGAAUCUAUUUGCUCUGGGGUUUCCCUCUAUGCAAACAAUGAUGUUCCUGGGAUAGGUGAUAAGUUAUCUAUCAUGAAGUCUAUUGAAAUGGACCUGUCAAACACUGACUUACAUUUUUGGAGUCAGGCUUCAGGUCCUGUACUUUCUCAUGAUCCUUUCUCAUCAUUAAUGUGGGUUCUCUUUUGUCUACCACACCCACUUUUGUCAUGUGAAGAAUCUCUGUUAUCUCUAGUGCAUGUUUUCUACAUAGUAGCUGUAACCCAGGCUAUAGUUUUGUAUUAUCAGCAAUCAAAGGAUAAAUCAUCAAGUGCAUCAGCUCUUUCGGAUGACCUGAUUAAUGACAUAUAUAGAGUUUUGGGCGAGUCUGGAUAUGCUCAGCAGUACUUUGUGUCAAACUAUUUUGACCCUAGUAUUGAUAUCAAAGAUGCAAUUCGGAGGUUUAGCUUUCCUUUUUUGCGAAGAUGUGCAUUAUUGUGGAAGAUACUCUAUUAUUCUAUCCCAGCACCGUUCUGUGGUGAGGAAAAUUUGUUGGAUAGAUUGUGGAAUACCCCAAAGGACACAAUGGACAGGAUUAAUAUUGAUAUGUUUGAGGCCACUAAAAUUCAAGAGCUUGAGAAUAUGUUUCAAAUUCCUUCUCUUGAUGUGGUUCUCAAGGAUGAACUUUCCAGAUCUUCAGUCUUGAUUUGGUGUCGUCAUUUUUGCAAGGAAUUUGAAUCACAGAGAUUUAAAUAUAAUAUGCAUGUAACACCUGUAGUUCCAUUUGAGUUAAUGAGAUUACCAAAUGUUUAUCAGAAUCUUUUGCAGAGGUGUAUCAAACAGCGCUGCCCUGAAUGCAAAUCACUUCUGGAUGAGCCUGCUUUGUGCCUGCUGUGUGGUAGGUUGUGCUCCCCAAGUUGGAAAUCGUGCUGCAGGGAAAGUGGAUGCCAAACACAUGCAAUAACCUGUGGAGCUGGUACUGGAGUGUUUCUGUUGAUUAGGAGAACAACCGUUCUGCUUCAAAGAUCUGCACGUCAGGCCCCCUGGCCUUCUCCUUACUUGGAUUGUUUUGGUGAGGAGGAUUUUGAAAUGAAUCGAGGAAAGCCUCUUUACCUGAAUGAAGAACGUUAUGCUGCUUUGACCUAUAUGGUUGCUUCUCAUGGUCUGGACCGGAGUUCCAAGGUUCUUGGCCAGACUACUAUUGGUUCCUUCUUCCUGGUUUAAUUCAAAGUUUACAUGUUUAGCUACAAUGUUAAGAUAUUUUGACUGAACAAUUCUUCAAAGGGUGGAAACCGGUUCUAGAUGCACUUUUAUAUCAUGUUAUAUACUCUGACUAAUCAAAAGAUCUUCAAUCCACAAUCUCUGAUGCUAAAAGUGUACAGCUCAUUCAGGUUCAUCUCAUUUUGCGCAUCAAUAGAUUGAUAAAGUGGCUGUGUAAAGAUUAAAAGCUUCGCUCUUGUAGGAGCAUCAACCUGCUGGCCAUGGCUGUACAGAUUUUCCUGAUGCUAACAUUGCCGUGAGCUCUCUUCUGCAGCAUACUUAUACCAUUAGUCUUUAAUGAAAUAGGUGCACAGGUGUACAUAUAUCAUCAUAUGAGUGAGGGGAGCAAUAACACUUACGGUAUAAUUUGUUAAAAUAAGUUUUUAUCCCUACUCAUCUGUGCUUUAGGAUGUUCGGGAAAACGAUCAUGUUGGUUCUCUUUCUUCCUUUUUAUCUUUUUAGUUGGAUGUCUUGUCCGGUCAUCCCCUCUGUUUGGGUUGAGGGAAACGAGUCGCCAAUUUAUGGGUAUAUUUUAUACAUGGCUACAUAUGCAUACAGAUUUUCAUUGUCUAUAUGUUGGUUUGCUUUA